ACCUACGAGACAAGGGAGCUCAGGGACUCCAGAAAGGUCUAUGAUAUGGCCUCUGCAAACGCUGAAGACAACUUUUUGUGUUCAAUCUGUUUGGACAUUUUCAACGAGCCUGUCUCGACUCCCUGUGGACACAACUACUGCAAACCCUGCAUCACCGGCUACUGGGCCACCCAGGACUCCAGCCAGUGCCCGCUGUGCAAAGAGGAGUUCCAGACGACCCCUGACCUGCACGUCAACACAGAAUUCAGAGACAUGCUGGAGCUUUUCAAGAAGAGACGAUGUGCAGCUGAUGUGAGAAGUUCCCCUCCCGGGCCUGCGGAUGUGCUGUGCGACCUCUGCCACGUGACGGCCAAGCGUAGCGCCCUGAAGUCCUGCCUGGUUUGUCUGGCCUCGUACUGCAGCGGUCACCUGAAGCCACAUCACUCGGUUCAGGCUCUGAAGUGGCACAAGCUCGUCAACCCUGUGAAGACUUUGGGAGACAGGAUGUGCAAGAAACACAACAAGGUGAUCGAAUUUUUCUGCAAGCAAGACCAGAGCUGUGUGUGCGUCCUGUGCCUGAAGGACCACCACGAGAUGCACGAGGCGGUCUCUCUGGAGGAAGAGUUGAAGGAGAGGAAAACUAAGCUCAAGUCUGCAAAGAGGGAGGUCAACAGCACCCUGGCCGAGAGGCACCACACAAUCCAGGGCAUUCAAAGCUCCAUGAUGCAAAGCCGAGCUGAACUGGAGAGAACAAAAGUGGAAACUGGGAAGGCCUUGGAUGCUCUGGUGGCCUUGAUUGUGUCCAAAAAGAUGAUGCUGAUGGAGCUGCUGGAGGGGAAGCAGAGAGCCGCAGAGCAGCAGGCUGAAACAGUCGUCCGUCAACUGCAGCUGGAGAUUGUGGAGAAUAAUCUGAGACUGGCCGAGCUGGAAGAACUUUCAAAGAGUGACGACGACUUCAAACUCCUCAAGGACCUCCCACCUGUGUCCUCGUCCCCAAACACAAGACAUCCCUUCUCAGUCCGAAGUCUUCUGCAGGUGGAGACGGUGAGGAGUGCGAUGGCCAAAAUGGAGGAGGUGCUAAACGAGCAGAUGGAGAGCAUCACCCGAGAAAUCUACCACGAAGAACAGAGACGGACCGAGAACCCGUUUGAUGAUGAGCUUGGGAUCAUCCAGGUGCAACAUGCAAUAAACCUGACUCUGGAUCCCAACACAGCACACCCCUCCCUCAUCCUCUCAGAGGACGGGACACAAGUGAGGGAUGGAGGCGAACGAAGGAACAUCCCUGACAUCCCCACCCGGUUUGACCCUCUCCAUGUUGUCCUGGGAGAAGAGGGGUUCUCCUCUGGGAAGUUCUACUAUGAAGUUCAGCUUGAAGGGCAAACCACGUGGGAAAUCGGAGUGGUGAGAGAAUCCAUCAACAGGAAAUGCAUCGAUUUACCCCUCACCCCCGAAAACGGAUGCUGGACUCUGGGUUGUUAUUGGGGACGCUGCCAGGCCAACACAAAUCCUCCUGCGGUCCUGACCCCGUCCAAAGUGCCCGAGAGGGUCGGAGUGUUUGUGGAUUACGAAGGAGGUUUGGUCUCUUUUUAUGACGUAGAUGUCAGAGCUCUGAUCUACACCUUUACAGGAUGUGCCUUCACAGCAGGCCGGCCAUUUCUGAGAAGCGUGCUAACGUUCAGGGGUUACGUGGGCAUGCCUGCAAAUACCAAGAUCCGGCCUCUGUUCCGACCCAGCGCUGAGCAGGAGAGCGACACAGCUGCUCUGAGGAUCAUCCCGGUCAGACGCUGAGUUCAGCAUGCACAUGGCUGUGUGGCGGAGUAUUUAGAGUGCACAAUGCUGCUGUCCAUGAGGUCUGUCUUUGCAUUUAUGAAUUCAGGUUGUGUGCACAGCUUCCAUUUACUCAGGUUUGAAAUUAUAAACAUGCAACUUCGGCUUAGACUUCAAAUUAACCUAAAAAAAAAGAAGUUUUAAUAAUAAAUGUAAUUUAUAUUUUUGUUAAUUAUGUAUGAAUAAUUGUGUUUUCCUUUUACAUAAUGAAACCUCCACAAAAACUGUGAUAGAAAUAUUCACCAGGAUGUGAGAAUGUUGAAUGCUCAAACCUUCUGUGUGUACUCAUCUGUGUUUGCUGCCCUCUGGUGGUCUGGGUGAUGUAUUACAUCUAUGUCUGAAUAUAAAUGGGUGAAGCCAUGUCCCUGUGGAAGAGAUAGCAGUGCUCAGGGUGACAGGUAAUGGUGAUUAAUCAUUCACAUCACUUUGCUAAUCAGCAGUGAUCCAGUUGAGUUUUCUUGUGUAAUCAUUAAAGAUGAUUGGGACCUUUGUAAGUGUGUUAUAUGCGUAUCGCCCUCUAGUGGUCACAGCGGCUCACUGCCAAUACUUCCUGCCAAUACUUCCUGUUAAGGAACUUGAAUUGAAAAUGUUUUAAAAGUUUUGAAUGUGUUAAUUGUUGUUGGUGAACUCUGCCCUGUGUUUACAUAGUGCUGACACACUUUACUGCCCUCUGCUGGCCACUCUUAGUCACUACACCUAUAAGAGGAGGUUGGAGAUGUGGCUCUGCAGCUUGAAUCAUUGCAUCAGUAAUGGAUAAUGAUGAAAGAUGCCGAAACUUAACUCUAAAGUAUGUAUUUAGAGAUUUGAAUUGCUUUGUGUUACUUUAACUUGAACAUCUUUGUGUUUCUGAGAUGUUGAUGAGAAAACCUGGCACCCUUUGUCAGUCCAAUCUUUGUUUAUGAGGUGUUUUAGUGAAGAAGCCUUCAAAAUAAAGUUUGACAUUUUUUUGAAACACUG